AUGGAAAGAUAUGAUAGACAGCUGAGACUAUGGGGAGCAUUGGGCCAAGAUAGUUUGAACCGGUCCCGUGUGUGCGUGGUAGGACCUGCUACACCUUUGCUGCAGGAAGUUUUUAAGAAUCUGGUGCUUGCCGGAAUAUCAUCUCUUACUUGGCUCAAAGUAGAGUGUGCAGUUCAAUCGGGUUCUCUGUUUUUAGCAGAGCUUAAAAAAGAUCUUGAGCCAUUGGCUUCUAAACAGCUAGAAUAUGAGGAAAAUGACCUUAGAAAGACGUUACAGCAACCUCAGUAUGAUUGGACCCGCUUCUCGGUGGUGAUCUUGACUUGUAUUGGUGAGCAAACUGCGAUGCUCGAUUUAAAUGAGAUUAGGCGGCAGAGAGGAACAAAGUUUCCGCCUGUUCUAAACACUUUCGUCUCUGGAUUUUAUGGAUAUAUAUAUCUGGUACUCUCAGAAACACAUUUUGUUUUGCAAGCACACCCAGAUAGUAAGAAGUAUGAUUUACGGUUACAGAACCCUUGGCCUGAACUAAUAAAUUACGUAGAUACAUUUGACCUAAGUAAAAUGGAUACAGCCACGUUUUCUGGUAUUCCAUAUACUGUUUUGCUCAUGAAGUGUAUUGCAAAACUUGAAAGGGAUGGUAAUAAUGGGAGGAUAACGAUUGAUCAGAUGAAGAAAGUUUUAGACCAAAUUUGCCUUCCUUUAGGGAAUGAUGUUAUCUACGAACCCAAUUAUGUGGAAGCUAAACGCUAUGCUUACUUGGCCUGCUCUCAAAAUGAUUGUUGUAAAGAACUGGAAGAUCUGCUCCGAAAUUUGGAAAUAUCAGAUUAUGGGAACGAUUGGCAUGAUACUUAUAACUACGAGAUUCUCACACUAUUAUUGACUUUGAAAAAUAUUGCUAAAGAGAAUGGGGAGCUCAGCUUUCAACCUUUAACGGGCACUCUCCCAGAUAUGGAGUCAACAACGGAAAAUUAUAUCAGACUCAAGAAACUGUAUGAAGUAAAAGCAAAGCUUGACAAGUCUCGUGUGGAGGAAAGUUUGGCUCGCAGUAAAAAAAUAGUUUCACAGGAUGUCUUGGAGACAUUUUGUUCUCAUUACGGGGAGGUCAGGAAAAUAUUGCCGCCAAAAAGUGACUUGUUAGGUAUUUUUAGCACCUCGAAUGCCCUUUUAGAUGCAUUAGUUAUGGUCCAAUUCUGGGAGCAACCGGCAGUAACUGCAGAGGAUAAAGAUGAGUUUAUUGGUUUACGAGUCGACGAUAACUAUUCCGUAAUGGCCUUUUUUGGAGGUGCAGUGGUUCAAGAGGCUAUAAAGCUUAUCACACACCAUUACGUUCCUAUUGAUAACCUAUUUUUAUAUAAUGGCAUUAAUAAUUCAUCCGCAACAUAUAAAAUAUAA